UGCACCCCAUAUGUGAGUAUUGAUAACCCAAGCUCGAGCCAUCCAGCACCCUCCUCCUCGAUCACGACGCAAAUCACACUCUCUCCCUACUUCAACUCCAGAAAAUCACCCCUUGAUUUCCGCCAUUGAAAUUCUCUCUCUUUCCUUCCAUCAAUUCGAUACUCCAUUGAUUUAGUCAAGCUCUUCUGCUGCCACAACAAUGGCGGCCGAAGGAUCUAUCCUGCUUCACCAUCUCCGCUUUCCGAAGCUCUCUCGUCUUUCCGUCUUUGUUUUCUUUCUUCUACUGGUUUUUGCUCCUGGAUCACAUGAGUCUCCAACGCAUCGUAAACGCGGAAUGUCAUCUGUCUUUUCUUUGUUCAAUCUCAAAGAGAAGAGCAGAUUUUGGACUGAGUCUGUCAUACAUGGUGAUUUUGAUGAAUUGGAAUCUUCCAGUGGAAAGAGUGGAGCCUUAAACUACUCCAAGGCAGGGAAUAUUGCUACAUAUUUGAAGCUUCAGGAAAUUGAUUCUAUGCAUUUUCCAGUUCCCGUGAAUUUCAUUUUUAUUGGAUUUGAAGGAAGUGGAAACCAAGCAUUUUCACUGCAACCUGAAGAACUUGAGAGAUGGUUUACAAAAAUCGAUCAUAUUUUUGAACACACUCGGGUCCCACAGAUUGAAGAAGUGCUGAACCCAUUCUACACGAUCAACAUUGACAAAGGAAAUCAUCAUUUUCCUACACUAAGUCAUGUGAACUACAAUUUCUCUGUUCAUGCUAUACAAAUGAAUGAAAAAGUUACUUCCGUUUUUGAGCGUGCUAUUGCUGUGCUGUCUCGGAAGGAUGAUGUUUCAGGGACUGGGGAAAAUAAAGAUGUUUUGUGGCAAGUGGACCUGGAUAUGAUGGAAGGGAUUUAUGAUAGCCUCAUUGAGUACUUGCAACUUGGAAAUGCUUAUAACAUUUUUGUUUUGAACCCGAAGCAUCGUACUAAUAUAACUAACUAUGGCUACAGGAGAGGAUUGUCUGAGUCUGAGAUAAAUUUUCUUAGAGAGAAUACAACCUUGCAAGCUAUAGUGCGUGAAUCAAAGAUCGUUCCUGAGAGUACUCUUGCUAUUGAAAAGAUUCAAAGACCUCUGUAUGAAAAGCACCCGAUGGCUAAGUUUGCAUGGACGUUAACUGAAGAAACUGAUACGGUGGAGUGGUCUAAUAGAUGCUCAGAAGCUCUAGAUAGUAUUGAAGAACUAUAUAAAGGAAAGGAUAUAGAUUAUGUUAUUCAGAACAAAGUUUUGCAGGUGUUGAAUGGGAAAAGCAGAGAUCUAAAGCUUGCAUUACAGAAAGAGCUUAAAUCUGGGGAUCUCAGGAACCUCCAUGCUGAAUGUUUAACUGAUACAUGGAUAGGAAAAGAUAGAUGGGCAUUUAUUGAUCUUAGUGCUGGUCCUUUUACUUGGGGUCCUGCUGUCGGAGGGCAAGGUGUUCGCACAGAGGAAAGUUUGCCAAAUGUAACAAAAACAAUGGGUGCAGUUGCAGAAAUUUCAGAGGAGGAAGCUGAAGAUCGUCUUCAAGAUGCAAUUCAAGAAAGAUUUGCUGUUUUUGGGGACAGAGAACAUGAGGCCAUUGAUAUCCUUCUAGCAGAAAUUGAUAUCUAUGAGCUUUUUUCUUUUAAACAUUGCAAGGGAAGGAGAGUUAAACUUGCUCUUUGUGAAGAACUCGACGAGAGAAUGCAGGAACUAACAAAUGAGCUUCAGUCUAUGGAAGGUGAAGAAAAUGAUGAAAAUCGCAGGACAAAGGCGGUGGAUGCGUUAAAGCGAAUGGAGAGUUGGAAUCUUUUCCGUGAUAAUGAUGUGGAGUCCCAUAAUUACACUGUUGCGCGUGAUACUUUUCUGGCACACUUAGGUUCAAUUUUUUGGGGAUCAAUGAGGCACAUUAUAGCUCCUUCUGUGGCUGACGGACGUUUCCAUUACUAUGAGCAGAUAUCUUAUCAGCUAUAUUUCAUCACUCAAGAUAAAGUCAGGAACGUUAAGCAGCUACCUGUGGAUCUAAAGGCUAUAAUGGAUGGGCUUUCUUCUUUGCUUUUGCCUUCUCAAAAGGUGAUGUUCAGCCAGCAUAUGUUGGUGCUUUCAGAUGAUCCUGCUUUGGCUAUGGCUUUCUCUGUGUCUCGGCGAGCAGCUGCCGUGCCAAUGUUAUUUGUGAAUGGAACCUAUAGAAAAACUGUCUCCAAUUAUCUCGAUUCCUCUAUUCUUCAACAUCAGUUGCAGAGGAUGAAUGAUCAUAAUACACUAAAAGGAAUGCAUGCUAAUAGCAGGUUGACACUAGAGGUUCCAAUUUUCUGGUUUAUCCAUGGCGAUUCAUUGCUGGUUGACAAAUAUUAUCAGGCAAAAGCGCUUUCUGAUAUGCUCAUUGUUGUUCAGUCUGAGACCUCUUCCUGGGAUAGCCAUUUGCAGUGCAAUGGGCAUUCAAUUCGUUGGGAUUUAAGGAGGCCCGUUAAAGCUGCAAUUGCUGCUGCUUCUGAACAUUUAGCUGGUUUGCUACCUCAUCAUCUCGUCUAUAGUCAUGCCCAUGAAACUGCUAUUGAGGAUUGGUUAUGGUCCAUGGGAUGCAACCCUCUUUCGAUCACUUCUCAAGGGUGGAGAAUCUCUCAAUUUCACUUGGAUACCAUAGCCAGGAGCUAUAUUAUCACAAGUCUUGAAGAAUCUAUCCAGCUUGUGAACUCAGCUAUUCACCGUCUGGCCUUUGAACAGACUACUCAAAAAUCGUUCAAACUUUUUCAGUCCCAGGAGCGGGAGUUGGUGAAUAAGUAUAAUUUUGCUGUUGGCUUGUGGAAAAGAAUUGCUACUGUUACAGGAGAGUUGCGUUACACUGAUGCAUUAAAGCUUCUGAACACCUUGGACGACGCAUCAAGAGGAUUUGCGGAGAAAGUGAAUACUACUGUGUCGUUGCUCCAUCCAAUACACUGCACAAGAGACCAGAAGGUUGAGGUUGUGUUUGACGUGACAACUAUUCCUGCUUUCUUUGUUGUCUUCCUUAUCCUUUGGUUUGUUCUAAAACCAAAGCGCUCAAAGCCGAAGAUCAACUAAUUUAUGUAGCAGCAUAGUUUGGGGGGAAUUUAUCUUUGGUAGUUAUAGAAACCGUGUUGUUUAUACAGAAUUUUGUAGAGCAGCAAUGAAUGAAAAUGUAUGUAAAAAAAAAAUUGUCUAGAACAUUUUCUUUCUUAAUUUAUGAAUGCAGCAGCUCCAUUUUUUCCUUGAGGAACUUCCUGUUGUCAAGCACAAUUGGAAAAAAAGGAAAAACAAAAAAAAUUAGUGCAGUAUACUAAAUACUCAAUUCUACAGUCUUACUAUUGUGUUCUCUUUAGGUGAAA